AUGAACCAAAGAGGAUCCUUCAAUCGCCAAACAAGCUUCUCAUGGUCUCAGAAGUACACUUCUGGAAGUAAAAAUUCAGCCUCGAGCAGGUACAUGAGAAGCUGCACCUUCGGGUUCAUCCCAGAUAAGUCUGAGUUUUCAGCUAUGGAGUUUCUGAAACAUCUUGCAGAGAGAAUGGCCAGAGCUAUAAGAUUUGUGUCUGAAGAGAGAAGAAGAAGAAGAACGAGAAGAAGAACAAGAAGAAGUAACUUGCCACAAAAUCCAUCUCCUUCCUUGGGAAGAUCAGAUUCAAGAACAGGUAAUGGAGGCUUUGUGGAUUCUUACAGGUCUGAUGCAGUGGAGGACUGUAUUGAGUUCAUUCAUUCCUCCUUUUCAAGAUCAAACUCCACAGCCAACUCUCUGACUACUCAAUAA